AUGCCUCAAUACCACACUGCCGCGGGCACCUUCUCGCAUGUGGACGAGAAGUCCAUGUAUCCGCGAUUUCCCCGGGUGACCAUGGGCCAAGCAGUGGCCAUUGGACUGGGAGCCGGUAUCGCAGGCGCUCUAGGAAUGGCCUUGUCAAACACCAUCGAGCAGCUCUUCACCCACCGCCCAGCAUCCUACGUGCCCGGCCGCACCGCAGCCACGCACCUCAACCUCUCCUCCACAUUCGGCCGCCACCCAGACCUCAUGAACCACCUGCACCACUUCGGCAUGGGCCUCCUCGCCGGGCCCCUGCGGGCCCUGAUGUCCUACUACGGCGUGAUCGGACCCGUGGCGUCGUUCCUGCACACGGGCGCGCGCAUCGCAAUGGACCAGGUCGUCGAGAACGGUGCUGGUGUCAGCGCUCUGCCGUGGACGUGGCCGAUCAACGAGCAGGUCAUCGAUCUGGUGCACAAGGGGGUUUAUGGACUGGUGGUGGGGUAUCUCUGCGAUCGGUUUGUUCGUGGGGUGGAUUGGUUUAACUGA